CUUUUCACGGCUAGUUGUGGCGUAUAGUCUUCAUCACUGAAUGAAGUGCUGUGUGAUUGAAAAAUGGCAGAUCGUGAGUUGCUCCAAGAUUUUAUUAAAGAAUACGAAAACCAUUUAUGUCUUUGGCAAUGUAAAUCUCCAGAUUAUCACAAUAAACAGAAAAGAGAAGCUGCUAACAGCAUUUUGCUAAGCAAAUUGAAACUUAUCGAUAAGAAUGCCACUAAAGCAGUUGGUCCAGUUGCUGAAUAACCUCUGGUUCCAUGCAACGUAAAAACACCAUACAAACAAACAAACAAAUCAAGAAAAUUAAUGCCCUCAGGACUAAUUACCGAAAGGAAAAGAGGAAAAUUUCCCAAUCUCUUCAAUCAGGUGCCGGAGCCGACACUGUUUACACGCCUUCUCUGUGGUAUUAUCCCCUACUUCAAUUCCUAGAUGACCCGGAAACGCCUCGACGUUCGACAUCCAACUUCGAUGACCCACAGGAUCAAAAUGAAGAACAUGAAAUUGGUUUGGAGGGUCUUGAUGAAGACAGUGCUCCACCUACGCCAGAAAUGAAAGACACAUUUCUACGUAAAGAAGAUACCCCUGCAACAAAAACUUCACACAGAAACCUUGCAAGGCCAACUAAAAGGAGUACGGAUAAAUGUGACUCAGUGCUAGGCGCAAUUGAAGACCACUUCAAGAAACCGAAACCAGCAGAAGAUCGGUACGAUGUUUUGGGCAAACAUGCGGCUGAAAAAAUGAGAGCCGUACAAGAUAAUAUACAACGAAUACUAGCCGAGAAAAUAAUAAGUGAUGCUCUUUUUAUGGCAGAAAUGGGCCAGUUGACCAUGACCCAUUCGAUUCAACAGCCUUCGCCUACGUAUUCACGGUAA